CUCCUUCCUUCCUCUGUGUUCCUGAAACCACCCCAAACUAGUAAACCCAGGUCCCUCCCUCCCUCCGUCCAGCCGCAAAAUCAACAGGCAAGGAGAGAGAAGGGGAGGAGGCAGCGGGUGCGCUGAGCCGUGAGCGAUGGAUAUUCUGUGCCCCCUGCUCCGGUUUCUGUUCGUUCUCUCGUGGACUGGGGCAGGUGCCCUGAUCAACCUCAAAUACUCGGUGGAGGAGGAACAGAGAGCUGGCACGGUGAUCGCCAACAUAGCCAAAGAUGCGCGAGACGCUGGGUUUGUGCUGGAUCCUCGGCAGCCCACCGCUUUUCGGGUGGUCUCCAAUUCGGCACCUCACCUGGUGGACAUCAACCCCGGCUCAGGGUUACUGGUGACCAAGCAGAAGAUUGAUCGGGACUUACUUUGCAGGCAGAGCCCCAAGUGUGUCAUCUCGCUGGAGGUCAUGUCCAGUUCCAUGGAGAUCUGUGUGAUCAAACUGGAAAUCAAAGACCUCAAUGACAACGCGCCCAGUUUCCCCACGGAUCAAAUUGCACUGGAGAUCUCUGAGACAGCUAGCCCAGGCACCAGGGUACCAUUGGAGAGUGCCUACGAUCCAGACUCGGGCAACUUUGGGGUGCAGAGUUAUGAGAUUACACCCAAUGACCUCUUUGGGCUGGAGACCAAGACACGUGGAGAUGGUUCACGCUUUGCAGAACUGGUGGUGGAGAAGAGUCUGGAUCGUGAGACGCAGUCUCAUUACAGUUACAUGAUCACAGCUUUGGACGGUGGUGACCCACCCAACUUUGGCACUGUGGAGCUGAACAUCCGGGUCAUUGACUCCAAUGACAACAACCCUCUCUUUGAAGAUCCAUCCUACACUAUUAGCGUGCCUGAGAAUGCACCUCCUGGCACUCCAGUGAUCCGCCUCAAUGCCACUGACCCUGAUGAAGGCACCAAUGGACAAGUGCUCUAUUCCAUCCACAGUUAUGUGUCUGAGAAGGCCAGAGACCUCUUCCAAAUCAACCCUCAGACAGGCCUGAUCACGGUCACUGGUGCCAUUGACUAUGAGGAAGGACAUGCAUAUGAACUGGAUGUGCAGGCCAAAGAUCUGGGUCCCAAUUCUAUUCCCGCUCACUGCAAAGUGACAGUCACCGUGCAGGAUGCCAAUGACAACCCGCCUCUCAUUAAUUUGCUCUCUGUCAACAGUGAGUUGGUGGAGGUCAGCGAAAAUGCGCCGCCAGGUUAUGUGAUUGCCCUGGUUAGGGUCUCGGACCGGGACUCUGGUGCCAACGGUAGGGUGCAGUGCAAACUGUUGGGGAAUGUGCCCUUCCGUCUGCAAGAGUAUGAGAGCUUUUCCACCAUCCUGGUGGAUGGACGUUUGGACAGGGAGCAAAGGGACCAGUACAACCUCACCAUUCAGGCCAAGGACAAUGGGGUCCCCUCCUUGCAAGCCACCAAGUCCUUCACUGUCAAGAUCACGGACGAGAACGACAACCACCCUCACUUCUCUAAACCAUACUACCAGGUCAUUGUGCAGGAGAACAACACCCCCGGGGCCUACCUCCUUUCUGUUUCUGCCAGGGACCCCGAUCUAGGCCUUAACGGCAGCGUCUCUUAUCAGAUUGUGCCCUCCCAAGUAAGGGACAUGCCCGUCUUUACAUAUGUCUCCAUCAACCCCAACUCGGGAGACAUCUAUGCCUUGAGGUCCUUCAACCAUGAACAGACCAAGUCCUUUGAGUUCAAGGUCUUAGCCAAAGAUGGAGGCAACCCGUCCUUGCAAAGCAAUGCCACCAUCAGAGUUAUUGUCCUGGAUGUCAACGACAACACCCCUGUAAUCACCGCCCCUCCUCUUGUCAAUGGGACUGCAGAAGUGUACAUCCCCAGGAACACCGGGGUUGGUUACUUGGUGACAGUGGUCAAGGCAGAUGACUAUGAUGAAGGGGAAAAUGGCAGGCUGUCCUAUGAGAUGGCGGAAGGAGACAGAGGAUUUUUCGAGAUAGACCAGGUCAAUGGUGAGAUAAGGACCACCAGAGCCUUUGGGGAGAAUUCAAAGACAACAUAUGAACUGAUUGUGGUGGCCCACGACCAUGGGAAAACUUCUCUUUCAGCUUCUGCCUUGAUUUUGAUAUACCUUUCCCCGGGUCUGGAUGCCCAGGAAUCCCUAGGAUCUGUUAACUUAUCCCUGAUUUUUAUUAUUGCCCUGGGUUCUAUUGCUGCCAUUCUGUUUGUCACCAUGAUCUUUGUAGCGGUCAAGUGUAAACGGGAUAACAAAGAGAUCAGGACCUACAACUGCAGAAUUGCAGAGUAUUCCUAUGGGCACCAAAAGAAAUCCAACAAGAAGAAAAAAAUCUGCAAGAAUGACAUCCGCCUGGUGCCAAGGGAUGUCGAGGAGACCGAUAAAAUGAACGUUGUGAGUUGCUCCUCCCUCACCUCGUCUCUCAACUACUUUGAUUACCACCAGCAGACCUUGCCCUUGGGCUGCCGCAGAUCUGAAAGCACCUUCCUCAAUGUGGAGAACCAGAACAACAGGAACACGGGGUCCAACCAUGUCUACCACCACACCUUCACUGGGCAGACCCCCCAGCAACCGGAUCUCAUCAUCAAUGGGAUGCCGCUUCCAGAGACUGAAAACUAUUCCUUUGAUUCCAACUAUGUGAACAGCAGAGCCCAUUUAAUAAAAAGCAGUUCAACAUUCAAGGACCUGGAGGGGAACAGCCUGAAAGACAGCGGGCAUGAAGAGAGCGACCAGACAGACAGUGAACAUGAUGUCCAGCGUGGCCUGUACUGUGACACGGCUGUGAACGAUGUUUUGAACACUAGCGUCACUUCCAUGGGGUCUCAAAUGCCUGAACAAGAGCAGAGUGAAGGAUUCCACUGCAGAGAAGAGUGCCGGAUCCUCGGCCAUUCCGACCGAUGCUGGAUGCCUCGGAACCCUGUCCCCAGCCGAGCGAAAUCCCCCGAGCACGGAAGGAAUGUCAUGUCUCUCUCUAUAGAAGCCAGCACUGUGGAUACAGAGCUUUAUGAAGACUGUAGCACAAAGAGAACUUUUGCAACAUUUGGCAAAGAUGGUAGCGAGCCUGUCCCCGAGGAGCCCAGGGGCCCGGUCAACUUGAAAGGCAAAAGAACUGUGGAUCCUCCCAUCUGCAGCCCGAAGGUCAACGGUGCAGUCCGAGAGGCAGGGAAUGGCUGUGAGGCCAUCAGCCCUGUCACGUCGCCUGUUCAUCUGAAGAGCCCCUUGUCUAGCAAACCAUCAGUGUCCUACAACAUUAUGCACUGCCCGACAAAUCGCGACCUGGAGCCGUUUGUAAACAAUGGCCCUUCUCGGCCCAUGGAGGCAGAGCCGAGGGGCGCAGACAGUGAAAACAUAAUGCAUGAAAUUAACCCUCUUCUGCAAGAAUGUAGAGAGAAAGACUCGCCUGGAGUGAAGAGGCUAAAAGACAUAGUACUCUAAGCGACACCGGAGAGGAAGGGAAGCGAGACGACUGGACGUGUGUAUUGUUUUUAACAGCUUACUGACGGUUCACAAAUUUGCUGUAUUUAAAAGCUUUCCCUCAAUGUAUUGUUUAUAAAUGAAGCUAUCGUUAAUGUGACAAUCCCACUUGGUUCAACAGGCGGCAGGGGUGUUUGUCAAAGCAAACCGGGGCAGCUUCCGGGUUUCUGCGGCUAGGGAGUGGCAGGACAGCAGCAGUUCAGCGGAUGGGAAGUAUUAGCUAUGAAGUAUUUUGAAUUUAUAUUUUUGUAUUAAAAACACUCUAAUGUGAAAUUUCA